AAUGAAUGGUUAUGUAUGUAUUUUAACCUCUUUUCUAAAAUAAUAAAUCUACAAUAUUAUCUUUUUCUUAUCUUUUCUAAGUCUUUUUGUUAGUAACUGUUAUUACAGUUAGGCUUUUACCAAUAUUACAAUAUAAAUUGAUUAAAUUUCUGCUAUCUAAACAAAUCUUCUUCCUUUUUUAAGAAACACGAUAUAAAUUGCUUCUUCCUUAUAUCAAGAGUACUGCGUCCAAAUUAAUUUAUGACACUACGCAUUUAUAAUUUUAAAUUUUAUCGCAUAGGAGUAUAUCUCUCAUGAAUUAUGAAGAAAUUGAAAAAUAACUGUUGCAUGACCAUCUGUAGUUUUAAUGAUGUAUUGCUUGUGCUAUCAAAUUAUAAAAGCGAUUAAUCACUAAUAAUAACAACUGCGUAAAUAUUCGAUUUGCGUAUAUACGCGUAUAUAGUACGCGAAACAGUAUUAAAAGCGUUGUAUUGAAUUUUCUAAAUUCUGUCGACACCAUAUUACGAUACGGAAUGCUCGCAAUGUUACAACUCGCGUGGCUUUUGAUCAUCGUGGCCGUUAGUGGUAUCAAUGCUGAGGUACCACAAAACGACUGCGAUGUUGAUAUCACCAAGCAUCCAUACGUCGUAUCAGUCAGAAGGCAUGGCAAACACAUAUGUUCUGGUGUUAUAUUGGACGAGUAUCACAUUGUCACGUCGGAUCGGUGCGUUCCACCAUUCAAACAUGUCUGGAAUAUCAUGAAUACUAUGUUCGUAGUGACCGCCACGAACACUCUUAAGCCCGGCGGUCAACAAAUCUCUACUAAGGAAAUGUUCUCACAAAAUCAUUAUUUGAAUCCGUCUAAUAAUCCCGUCAUAAGCGGCCUUGGUGUGAUUAAGGUCUUGACUCGGCUUCAAUUUGGAGAGAAAGUGAAGCCGAUUGAAGUAUCUGAAGUAGAGGAACUACCCGUAGGCACAAAACUGCAAAUGGUUGGGUGGAUGAUGGUCAAUCGCGAAGGAAAGAAAACUGCAUGUCUGAAGGAAGCUACGUUAGAAAUCGCAGAUCGCCAGAAAUGUCAGACGUACCAGAAGAAAACUCUCACUGAAUCCGAAUUUUGCACUCAGACGGUGGCUGAAGGUGAUUUUUGCAAGGGUGAUAGCGGCAGUCCUCUGAUUUACGAAGGCAAACUCGUCGGUGUGGCUACUUCUGGUAUUUCGUGCGACAACGUUCCGAUUCCAGAUGUUCAUCCUAGUAUAUACAAAAAUAUCGAUUAUCUUUACGAAAUUAUAAAGAAGUAGAGAUUUUUAUCCGUUUCUCAUGUCAUUUUUAUGUUUCAUAUAUUCCGGAAUAAAUUUAUAUUGAUGCAUGAUAUUGA